GUGGAGCACGGAAUCCGCUGUAUUAAGGCAGGUGCGUGCAGGUCCGUGACAGUGUGCAGAGAUGAGCGGGCGACCACACAGGAAACAGCCACACGCGCGCCAGCGCAAGGAGGGCGACCAGGGCGAAGAGGAAGGAUUUUUGUACUGCCUUAUGUAUUACUUCGACGAGGCCCGACGAGAAGCCGAAGACGAUGACAAGCACAAUCGACGCUUCAGACGAUGCACGGACGACGAUGAGGAAGACGAUGCGAGUCGCAAUAAAAAGAAAAAUGAAGAGCAGGAAGAGGAGAUGCUGAACCCUUUAGUGUACCGGGACCACAUGCCCGGUCGCACAUUCCGAGGCAACGUCGUGCGUCGCGCCUACACCCCGGACCGGGAACCUGCUGGCGGCGCCAAGAACAACUCAGCGGACGGAAGAAGAUCUCAGUCACAACCUCCUGAAGUGAACGGAGAGGAAGACUUCCCAAGGUUCAGAAUCAGGCGUAGGAAGAGGUAGUGACUUUAGACACAAGUCGCUAUAUCCCAAAGUUGGAGGAAAAAACGACUUUCACCGCUUAAGGGGACCUUUCACGGCAAAAUUUUGGAUUUUAGCGUUUUCCAGUUU